CUUCUAAUUAUCCAAAUUCAUCUCUCUUCUCCUCCUCUCUGUCUUGAGUUUUCUGCUUUGUUUCUGCAAACAACUAAAUAUUUUCCUUUAGCAAAGCUUCAUUUUUAUUAUAAAAAAAAAAAUUUGUGAAAUGGGUGCUCCUGGAAAAUGGUUUAAGUCGCUAAUUACUUCGAAACCACCGCAGUCUCUCAAUAAUCAGGAGAAGACCGGAGACAAGGGCAAGAAGAAAUGGAGGCUGUGGCGGAGCUCCUCGGAUGGGCUCGGAUCCUCCGCUUCCAAGGGCCACAAGAUGGGCCUGUUGGGUGGAUCAGAAGCGUCCCAUUCCUCUUUUGGGGUGGAUGAUGAUUUUGCUGCAGCCAUGGCUACCCUGAUCCGGGCUCCCCCAAAAGAUUUCUUGGUGGUUAGACUAGAAUGGGCCGCCAUCCGAAUUCAAUCAGCAUUUCGAGGAUUGCUGGCAAGAAGGGCAUUGAGAGCCCUGAAAGCAGUAGUGAGGAUUCAAGCUAUAUUCCGUGGUCGUCAGGUACGAAAGCAAGCUGCUGUAACAUUGAGGUGCAUGCAGGCUCUUGUUAGGGUUCAGGCUCGAGUAAGGGCACGAUGUGUGAAGGAUUCUCUGGAAGGACAAGAUGGGUCCAAAUUAUUGGAUGAAUACCCCAACAGUAACCUGUCCAAGCAAGCUGAGGAAGGAUGGUGUGAUAGCCCUGGAACCAUAGAUGAAGUUAAAGCUAAACUUCGGAUGAAGCAGGAAGGUGCAAUUAAGAGGGAGAGAGCAAUAGUAUACUCCUUCUCAAAACAGCAAUCAAAAUCAUGUGCUAGCCCAAAUAUAAGGGAAAACAAGCCAUCAAUGCCUCUCAAGCAUCACAGGCUAGAUAAGAAUGGUGUAGAUUGCAGUUGGCUAGAACGUUGGAUGGCAACCAAACCUUGGGAAACAAGGCUGAUGGAAGAAAUCCAUACAGACCAAGCAGAGAUGACCCAAAUUCCCCGGAAAAGUGAAGAUAACAUUCUCAGCUUUCGACCACGCUCUUCUGAACAGGAGUCAGUGAAAGUAAGAAGGAAUAAUAUCACAACCAAAAUUAUAGCUAAACCUCCUAUAGCUAGUGAAAUUACUGGCUCAUCUUCUGCCCCAAGUUCUGAGUCCAUGAAUGAUGAGAGCUCUCUAUCCAUUUCAUCUACAUCUAUAUCUCCAACUACAAUGUCUAGCGGCGUUCUCAUGGUGGACAGAGUAGGGGAUAGUUAUUACCAAAAACCCAGCUACAUGAGUCUCACAGAAUCUAGUAAAGCUAAACAAAAGGACUGGAGGGUUUCUUCUCCUUACGUGCAGAAGCACAUGAUGGAUGAUUUUCAGUUUCGUAACAAAUCAAUGACACUUUCUAAUGGAGACAUUAAGAACAACUCCAGUUCUGAUCCAUCAUCCAAUUUCUACAAGGAUCUGUUCCCACAUGUAGCAUUGGGUAGACAGGAUUGCUCAAGGAAUGGAAGACACCAAAGUGUAAGAUCUUCUAAAAUGUGACAAAGUUUGUGUAAAAUUUGUUUGCUUUCUUUAAUAGUUCAACAGCUUGUUGCCCUUUUGAACUUUUGAAAUAUUUAGUGAAGUCUAGACACUAGACUGAUCUUCAUAGAUAAGUAUUAACACACGAAGAACUCAAAAGGCUUGGUCAGGAGAUUUUACAUAUUUAUAGUUCAUAUAUUUGUGGUGUUAGUGAUCAAACAAAUGAAAUAUAUUACAGUUUCAAGUCAUGGUGAACAUAUUUUGUAAUUGAAGAUAAGUCUGCUUGUUGUGUCUAAGGAAGUCUUGACAUUGAUAAGCCAAAAAGGCUUCAAUUGAGUGCGAGUGUGGUAAAAGUCGCAUCCUUUUUGCUAAUUUAUGUUUGUGUUUUGGUUAUUCAAUGAAGAUUGAAAGAUUGU